GCUCUACUCCUAUAAUAUUCUGGCACUGUUACAGAAACUACCUUUUGGACUCUAAGCAGGGAGGAGAUUUUUGAGCAGAACAACAAUGUAAUCAGCUUGAAGAAACAUUCUGACUGGAUCCUUUUACUGAAGUGAAACAUGAGUCAUUGCAGGAUGAUACUUUCCCGCUCAUGGACCCUAGUCAAACAUUUUGAGGGUGCACCAAAACUAUCAGACUUUAAGCUAAAGGAGGUUGAACUAAGUCCGCUAAAGAAUGGAGAAGUGUUGGUGGAAGCUGAAUAUUUUAGUGUGGAUCCUUACAUGAGGCCAUACAGUACACGUAUGAUGAAUGAAGGAGAUGUCAUGAUGGGAACUCAGGUUGCCAGGGUUUUGGAAAGUAAAAAUUCAGCAUUUCAAGCUGGAAGUUUUGUUAUUUCAAAUGCCGGUUGGACAACUCAUUCUAUUUCUAAUGGCAAAGAGUUAACACCACUGCUUGCCAAUUGGCCUGCCCACAUUCCCAGAUCACUGGCUCUUGGAACAUUAGGAAUGCCUGGAUUGACUGCUUAUUUUGGCCUUCGUGAAAUCUGCUGUGCGAAGAAAGGUGAAAUUGUGCUGGUCAAUGGGGCUGCUGGGGCAGUAGGAACAAUUGUUGGUCAGAUUGCAAAAAUCAUUGGAUGCAAGGUUGUUGGCUCUGCGGGAUCAGAUGGGAAAGUCCAGUAUCUGAAGGAAAUUGGGUUUGAUGAAGUUUUUAACUACAAGACUGUGAGCUCUUUGGAAGAAGCUUUGAAGAAAGCAUCUCCUGAGGGCUAUGAUUGCUUCUUUGACAAUGUUGGAGGUGAGUUUACAGAUGUGGCUUUGCUGCAGAUGAGGAAGUAUGGAAGGAUUGCUGUAUGUGGGGCUAUUUCCCUAUACAAUGAUACAGUACCAAGGAAAGGACCAUAUGUCCACUACCCUUUAAUCUUACAAGAGUUACGCAUGGAAGGAUUCACCGUGCCACGCUGGCAGAACCGAUACAACGAAGGCCUGGAAAAGCUGAUGCAGUGGGUUGUUGAGGGGAAGCUGAAGUAUCGUGAGCACAUCACCAAAGGGUUUGACAACCUGCCAUCUGCUUUCAUUGGAAUGCUUAAAGGAGAUAACACUGGGAAAGCCAUAAUUACUGCUAAAUAAGGGACGUGAGCAAGAAUGUUGCACUGUGGGUGCACUGUGGGAAAUGGAUCAUGCUUUCACAACGCCUCCUAAUAAUAUUUAAAUAACAUGUUUAUCCAAGAUGAUGAAACCACUUUAUAAAUAAAAUAAAAUGUGAUUAUUCCUU